GGGGCAGUGUCUCACACACACACACACACACACCAGCGGUUUACCGGAUAUCACGAGGGGCGUCAGUCGGGAUUGUUCCACUUCCGCGCUGUAGAGAAACCGAGCUGAUAAUCGUUGGAAAAUGGGCUUCGUUAAGGUGGUGAAGAGCAAGGCCUACUUCAAGAGAUAUGAGGUCAAAUUCAGGAGAAGAAGAGAGGGGAAAACAGACUUCUUUGCCCGCAAACGGCUGGUUGUGCAGGACAAGAACAAGUACAACACACCCAAAUACCGGAUGAUCGUCCGCUUCUCCAACCGGGACAUCUGCUGCCAGAUCGCGUAUGCAAAGAUCGAGGGAGACCACGUAGUGUGUGCCGCUUACUCUCAUGAGCUACCCCAGUAUGGAAUCACUGUGGGCCUCACCAACUACGCUGCAGCCUAUUGCACCGGCCUCCUCCUGGCCCGCAGGCUGCUGCACAAGUUCGGCAUGGAUCAGGUGUAUGAGGGUCAGGUGGAGGUGACGGGAGACGAGUUUAAUGUAGAGAGUGUGGAUGGGCAGCCUGGUGCCUUCACCUGUUACCUAGAUGCAGGACUGGCCAGGACCACCACGGGGAACAAGGUGUUUGGAGCCCUGAAGGGGGCAGUCGAUGGAGGACUGGCCAUCCCUCACAGUCUGAAACGUUUCCCUGGUUACGACGCAGAGAGCAAAGAGUUCAACGCAGACGUGCACCGGAAGCACAUCAUGGGCAUGAAUGUGGCGGACUACAUGUCCUACCUGAUGGAGGAGGACGAGGAGGCCUAUAAGAAACAGUUCUCUCGCUUCAUCAAGAACGGAGUCACGCCAGAAACGGUAGAAGACAUGUACAACAAAGCACACGCCGCCAUCAGAGCCAACCCCGUCCACCAGAGGAAACCUCAGAAAGAUGUCAGAAAGAAGAGGUGGAAUCGGGCCAAGUUGUCUCUGGCACAGAGGAAGGACCGCGUCGCUCAGAAAAAGGCCAGCUUCUUACGAGCACAGGCCCAGGAGGACGGGGACGGUUAGGGACGAAGCCCGCGAGACAAAUAAACACGUUAACAAACUCCA